AUGUCCAAUCUUCAGGACAGCAUACCAGCUCCUCCAGCCCAGUACCCAACCACGCCCUCACUACCCCUGCUUCCAGAAGCCAAACCCACACCAACCCUCCUCACCACCCUCCACGCCCACCAACUUAUGCUCAAAGACCUCUACAUCGCCCAAAACAACGCCUACGUCGUAGCCUACACCGCAUUCGAGACACAGUACGCAGCAGCAACUAGGACUACUUCUCCAGAGAUGCAGGAGGUCAUUGCGAAGCUGCUAGAGCAGCAGAAGGAGAUUUUGCUCUUCCAGACCUUCCUCUGGAGUUUCCAGAUGUUUGUUGCGGGCUUGGAGAGCGGCGAGACGUAUGAUUUGGACGAGGGGCAAGCGCGUGAACAGGACCGUUUCGGUAGUGGAGGGGCGAGGGGCUUCGAUGGGAUGUGGCGCUGA